UUUCGAGUAAGUGUUACUCAUUUGACAUCAACUCUACCAUGACAGAAACCGUCGUUCUCUCCGCACCGGCACCAGUGGCUGCUUCGCCAGCUGCGAAGAAGUCUCCGGCCAAGAAGAAGGCCAGUGCUGCUGCUGCCAAAGUAAAGAAGCAGUCCGCUGCGUCUCAUCCGACCACUUCCGUAAUGGUCACGUCUGCAAUCAAAGAACUCAAAGAGAAGAAAGGUUCCUCUUUGCCGGCUAUCAAGAAGUACUUGGCUGCCAACUACAAAGUCGAUCCCGCCAAACUGGCGCCGUUCAUCAGGAAGUUUUUGAAAGCCGCCGUCGCCAACGGUACUGUGGUUCAGACCAAGGGCACCGGCGCUUCUGGACAUUUCAAACUGCCAGUUGCCGAGGUUAAACCAAAAAAAGUAGCUGCGGCCAAGAAGAAGCCGGUCGUUAAAAAAGCCAAAGCCCCCGGUGCCAUAAAGAGGAAAUCGACAUCUGCGAAGAAAGUGAAGCCAGCGUCCGGCGAACCAGCGGCUAAAAAAACCAAGAAGGCCGUUGCCGCGAAACCUAAAGUUGCUAAACCGAAGAAGUCGCCGGCUAAGGCGAAAAAACCUGCUAUCGCUGUAAAACCCAAAGCGAAGAAGACUCCAACCAAGAAAACAGCGGCUCCCAAGAAGAAGUAAACUGUGAACGAUCACUUCUCACACUACCCUUAAAACGGUCCUUUUCA